AUGCAGCGACUCACUUUACUCUUCCAUUCUCAGUUUCUCCUGUGCUGGAAGUUUACAACUCCCUCAGCUCAAAGUCUAUCAGGAACGUCGAACCCUGGUCAGUUGUCUUGUUUAAGAAGAUCUGAACAUCCUGAAAAAGGUAAAGCUUGACUUAAACACUUAAUAUGCGCACCGUAAAUAAUGGCAAAAAUAAAUCUUAGACUACACAAAGAAUAGAAAACUUGACGCAGAACCAAUGUGAACCGAGAAGAUUUGUUGAGACUAUUUAAAUAGUGGGGUUGAAGGUAAUGUAUUCGUGGUGCGCUGACUUUAAUUCAUCAGUUACAACACACGCAAAUUCAGUUUCGUAUUAGCAAAAAGUAGCAAAGCAUUCAGUUAUUUUUCUCUUAACGUGAGUUAGUUUCAAGCUGUCAAAAUCAGCUUUUCGUGUCGUGCAUUCCUCUCUGGUAUCGCUUCGCUUGUAGCUGUAAUGGAAUAAAGUUAACUUCGCUCGAAAAUCUCAGAGAUGAACUCUUUUCACUUGUAUGUUCACUUUUAAUAAUGAUGGAAUUUUAUUCACCUUCGAACGGAACUACUUCAAGAUAACGUGUUGCAGACACGAUCAAACCAGAGUAAACCAUGGCCAACAAGGACGAUGAGGAUGAAAAGGAAGACCGGCGACCAAGUAUAAAAUCGUCUGAUGAGUGGGAAUCUUAAUUAUAGGGGUUUCCCGAAUUAAGAACCAACAACUUUGAAGGCUUGUGUAUUCGCUUGUUGUGCAUCGAAGAGUUGCGAAUCGCUUAAGAUAGGACUGGCCGCAAAUUUACGAAAACUGAGACUGAGUAAUUUUCAAAACAUGAGAAAAAUAAUUCCAUGUAAAAAUAUGUUAAUAUCUAAGCAAUACUUUUCACUUCCUGUCGGUUUUCAGACGCAAAAACUCACACGGGAUGUUACUGAGAACACAAGGAAAAGUUGUAAAUCACCACCCGAGGGUGCAUGAUUACCAACGUUCCAAGUGCACUGACGCCUAAAAAAAAUGAUAGAAAGUGCGCCUUCUAGCUUUUAAAAAUGGGUUUACUAGUACAAUGAACGAUAGGCUUUCGAUCAAUCAAAGUGUUCCUAAUAUCUUAUAAAUUUUUACGAUUUUCAUCAAGUCGUCAAUGUCCUCUAGAUUUCUCUCUUUUUGUUUCAUGCAAGAUAAAUCUUGAAGAAAACUCUCAAAUAUGACGAUAUGUUUGCAUCUGUUCCAGGCUACACUCUGAUUAAUCACGUGAUUGCUACGCACACUGUCACGUGCCCGAUAGACUGUACGUGGGAAUGCCUACGGGAUGCACGCUGUCGAUCGUUUAAUUAUGCAAACUCAGGGAAAACAUGUGAAUUAAGUGACCAAUCAAAAGCGACAGCCCCAAAUGACUUUGUUUUAAGAAAAGGCAUCACUUACUACGAGCCAACGACACAGAUGGUGAGUCAUAGAAAUUUACAGAUCAGUUAGAAACUUAAUCAUCAGUGCUCAACCUACCAAGCGCAGGAACCUUUGAGGUCUUCGGUUUUUCAAAUUCCAUCUUCUGAGCAAGGUGGUGUCAAAAUCAUAUCGAGAGGUCAAAUAAAUGCCUUUAUCUCAGAGAACGGUAUGGCUGCCUAAAACUGAACAUUUACACAGAGCAGCGUUUGUAAGACCUUCAUUUCUAGCCCGAAACACAGUAAGUUGAAAUGUGGUGGAACUCAGUGGGCGGGAGUACAAUUCAGGCAACAAUCGGGCGAAUGAUUUGAAAUUACCAGCAGGAAUGAAAACUUUAAUUUAAACAUGCGCACAUGAAUUGAUUCAUAUAGCAAAAGUUCAAGUCGGAAGUCUAAACGUUGUUAGAAAUAUCGAAUGCUUAAUGCACUUCAGAUAUUUUUUCCAUUUUGAAUGGCUAACAUUUGCUAAGUGCUUAUAAUUGGACAGGUGAAAUCAAACAAUUUGGACAUGGAACAGCCAAUCAAGCCGCAAAUAAGAGCUGCUUUACUGAUGAAAGAACCACUCAUUCUCGAGAAUUUUGUUAUUGACACAAUUGAUGUCAUAAAAUGCCUAUUUUCUAGAAGGAAAUCCUGGGUAAAUAUAAUUUGCUCAAAUAGAGACAAAAUCGUUGCUCGAUAUACAAAACUUUGAAAAUAUCAAACUUCUAUACUCAUUUUGAAAGAGAAACGUUAGCUCUAAGAACGAGAAUAUAUUUCAACCAAAGAAGGUAUUGUCAUGGUAAGUUUCGCCUCAUAAAAGGAUGAAAGUGCGUUUAACUAUUCUUCCCAUUUUCACCCAGGGAGGAAAUAGACCUGUUUGCACUUCGGCUUUAUGUCAAAAUGGUGGAACAUGUGUUGACGCGUGUUGGAAUCCCCGGAUGUUCACGUGUGAAUGUCGACAGGAUUAUAAAGGAGUGUACUGCGAAGAGCACAGCGGAGGUGGGUAACUCGUGACUAAAUAGAAGAGAAGAACACUUAAAUUUGCGAUAAUUUCCUUUCAGCAACAAGUCUCAUAUUAUGUUUCCUUUGUUCCACGUACAGUGAGAAGCUGUCAGCAGCUGAAAACCCUGGGAGCGAAUCACAAUGGCAUUUAUAAAAUCAACCCAGAUGGUCAAGGGGUCAUAAACGUGUACUGUGACCAAACCACAGAUGGAGGUGGGUGGACUGUGGUUCAGAGACGUUCCCGUCCAUACAAGCAAAGCUUUGAACGAACGUGGGUAGAGUAUCGAGUAGGCUUUGGCGACUUGUCCAAAGAAUUCUGGCUUGGAAACGACAACUUGCACCGAAUCGCCUCUUCAGACAGCAUUCUUCGAAUAGAUCUGCACCGAACCAACGGCCAAAAGGGAUAUGCCAAAUAUGGUGGGUUUCGGGUAGCUGACGAAACAGAAAAGUAUCGAUGCGGCAUGACUUCGUACGAAGGAAACAUCGGAAAUGGGUUUUAUGGAAAUACAGAUCCUAAAUUGAACAUCCGAGGGAUGAAAUUCGGCACACCAGACCAAGAUAAUGACAAACACCCUGGCAAGUGUUUUCCUUAUGGUGCAUGGUGGGCAAACCAAUGUGGCGAGGUUAAUCUCAAUGCAAGGAAUGGUCCGAACUGGGGUCCCUGGACUUCUCAGCCUUACCUAAAUCUCUCUGAGAUGAAAGUAAGGCACGGCGGAGGUGGGUAACUCGUGACUAAAUAGAAGAGAAGAACACUUAAAUUUGCGAUAAUUUCCUUUCAGCAACAAGUCUCAUAUUAUGUUUCCUUUGUUCCACGUACAGUGAGAAGCUGUCAGCAGCUGAAAACCCUAGGAGCGAAUCAGAAUGGCAUUUAUAAAAUCAACCCAGAUGGUCAAGGGGUCAUAAACGUGUACUGUGACCAAACCACAGAUGGAGGUGGGUGGACUGUGGUUCAGAGACGUUCCCGUCCAUACGAGCAAAGCUUUGAACGAACGUGGGUAGAGUAUCGAGUAGGCUUUGGCGACUUGUCCAAAGAAUUCUGGCUUGGAAACGACAACUUGCACCGAAUCGCCUCUUCAGACAGCAUUCUUCGAAUAGAUCUGCACCGAACCAACGGCCAAAAGGGAUAUGCCAAAUAUGGUGGGUUUCGGGUAGCUGACGAAACAGAAAAGUAUCGAUGCGACAUGACUUCGUACGAAGGAAACAUCGGAAAUGGGUUUUAUGGAAAUACAGAUCCUAAAUUGACCAUCCGAGGGAUGAAAUUCGGCACACCAGACCAAGAUAAUGACAAUCACCCUGGCAAGUGUUUUCCUUAUGGUGCAUGGUGGGCAAACCAAUGUGGCGAGGUUAAUCUCAAUGCAAGGAAUGGUCCGAACUGGGGUCCCUGGACUUCUCAGCCUUACCUAAAUCUCUCUGAGAUGAAAGUAAGGCAUAACUGA